CUCCGCGCGCCGCCUGGCCAGCCGCUAAACUCACCUCGACGAUCUCCUGCUCUAUUCAUCUUUCUCGCCGGCUCCUCGACUCCUCCAAGCACACUUCCUCCACCUCUGAUUCCUAACCUUAUCUCAGCUGCCCUCCGUACCUCCAAGCACACUUCCUCCACCUUCGACCAAGCCCAAGGGAAUAAAUAUGAAGAAAAUCACAAUGCCAGAUUCCGCACCUGAAGUUAUACACGAUCCUUCUAAUUUUUGCCAUAGCUCUCGCCCUGGAGCAUCAGCUAUUGGAAGGAGUAAUUUCAAGUCUACAGAUUUAUCUGGCAAAACAUUAUCUAGAGAAUUUGCAAAUCAACAGGACAAUGAGAAUGAAGAACAAGAUAUAAACAAGUUAUUGAAGGAUAUUCAGUACUUAGGCUGCUCGACUUGGAAAGAGCGGAAGAAGCUGGAAAACGAGAGAGUGGUAGCCUUGGGCGGGAAGGCACCUAAAAUGCAUCGGGUGCCUCUAAGUGUAGGAAAGGUGCAGUUUAAAAACCAAAAGAAAAGAAAGGAGAAAAGAAUUGAAGAGGAGCAAAUUCUCGGAAUAUUUAUGAAACAAUCUAGUAGUCAUAAAGUAGAGAAGCGCAAAGCAGAGGACAGAGUUCUGAAGGCAAGCGAGGGGCACUUCAGCAGAGGUGUACUGAAUGUUAAACAUCUUUUAGAACGCAAAAAGCCAGGAAGCAAUGAUCCUUCACCUCGAAUGCAUGGAAAGGUGAAGAAGAAGGGCAAAGGUAAAGCAAAAGGUAAAGGGAAGGGCAGGCGGAAGAGGAACAAAUAACUCAUUCUGGCACAUUUAAUUUUGCAGUCAAACUUUGCUUCAUUGCAUCAGAUGUAAGUUUGAGUUUUAUGACUUUAUUAAGAACAUCCUCUCACAUUGAAGGAUGCUUUUAUCAUUAAAUUAGAAAGGAGCAAUGCCGAUUCACUGUAUGAGAAUUGAACUUUUGAAGUGAAUUAGGCAAAAAUAUGUGUUUUAUGAUAUUCUUUUUUUUAAUUAGAAAGUCUAACCUUGUUAUGUAAUUGAGUUUUAACUCGUAUAUGUAAUAUUCCUUGUCUUAUUCAAGUAGCGAAUCAGAUCAGACAACCAAUUCAGGUACAGGCACAAUUUUUGAA